AGAAAUUUGUAAAUAUUAACUUGAUCUGCAUUCAUCGCUUAGUGCACUCGUGUUUUACUUUAAAAAAAACUAAAAAAUCGAAAUAAAACAUAAAAUAUGCAAAACUAAAGAAUGUGAAAUUACGUUGCGUAAUUCAUUCUUGCCGGACCCGAGCUCCAGUUUUGUAUCCUGUAACAAUGGAGAUGCAAAAGAUCCUAAAAUUAGAGCGUAAUCCAGCGCAUCGGAUAUGCAAAAACCAUUUCUCUCCAGAUGAUUUUAUUACAUAUAAGCGAUCAAAGUUAAACGCACAAGCAACACCAACGAUAAUUUCGAAAGGAUGCAUUGCCAAACAGAUAGUUCCUAAAGAGGGAUGCUGGGUGGUUGGAUGCAAUGUAAAAACCAAGAAGCGUUUGGUCAAAAUUCCUCAUGAUGAUGCCAUUCGUAAAAAGUGGAUAUCAUCGCUACAGCUUACCAAUAAUAUUGAAGACAAAGUAUUGCGUGAAUUGAUGAUAUGCCAUAAACAUUUUCGUGAAGAUGAUUGGUCGUUAGUUACAACGAAGUACUUUAAGUCAACUGCUGUUCCACGGCGAGCUAUCGGUGCGAAGAUCAAGAAACCUCUACACAAGGCCAAAAUAUAUGUACACUCAAGCUGUAAUGACGAUAAUGUGACACCGGAGCAUGGAUACUCUUUUCCAUUUACACUUCCUCGCAGUAGAACUAUGUGUUUUGUUACUGGGUGCACUGCAAAAGCUGGGAAUGGAAUAAAAUUACACAUGUUUCCUUUCAACGACAGAAAUGUUUGUAAGCAAUGGAAGCAUGCAAUCCGUAGAGUCACGACCCCGACGAAAUAUUCCAGAGUAUGCAGCCGACACUUUUUACCCUCAGAUUACAGAGCAGGAGGAAAUCGCCUGAAACCGAGUGCGAUACCAUCGAAACAUUUACCUUCACCAAGAACCACACAUGAUAUAAAACUGAGUAAAAUUGUUCGUGUGUCUUGUAGGAGACGCUUCAACCAUGAUCUAUCCCCUUCAGGCAUACGUGAUGAUCUUCGAUCGUUCAGAGAUUUCAGCGGUAAUGGCGAUAGAGAAUUAAAAGAACAUUCGAGUACUUUGGAUGGGUUUCUGGCUAAUAAUGCUUCGGAUGCUGACCGCAACAGUUUUGCAUUAAAUGCUACGUGUAGCUCGAGUAAUCCAACAUUGAACGACGGUCAAAUAUAUGCUGAUGCCUAUGGUGAAAUAAGCCAUGUUCACAACUCUAAUGAACAGGAUAAAAUUUAUAUCGACGUACAAUAUCAGCAGGACGAUCCAGUACUCCACUAUAAUCCGAUCGAUUUCAUUGAACAGGCUCGCGAAAAAAACUUCAAAUUUAGCAAACAAGCCACACUCACGAAUCUAAUUAAAUCAGAUCGGGACGCAAGUGUUUGGACAAGAGUUGCUUCACUGAAGCAAUUAGAUGCCAUUUGUAUAUCUGUUAAAGCAUUAGAAGAUCAAGUAUACCAGAAGCGGUUCAAGGCACACGUUGUUGACCGGGUUAUCUUAACUUUAUCGAAGCUAAAGCAAAACAUCUCGUUUUCAGCACUGUAAACUCUGGUUGAUAUAUCAGCAGCAACUGCUUCGUAUUAUUUUAAUCAUACUUUACAAGUUUUAGCUCAAGUUUUGCGACAAUUUAUUUACGGGCCAAGCCGUGAAGAAAUUGGUUAUAAUAUUCCACUAUGUUUUAGAGCGGGUUUCGAAAAUGUUCAAUGUAUUUUCGAUUGCACAGAAAUUCCUGUAGGGACACUCAAGUGUAUCAACUGCCAUAUCGCAUGUUUCUCUAAUUAUAAAGGAAGGAGAACAGUGAAAUUUUUCAAUUGGAGUAACCCCUGCGGGAGUGAUAAGUUUUGUUAGUGAAGCAUACAGUGGAAAAGCUUCAGAUAAACAGAUAUUCAAUGAACAAAACGUUGUGUCCUUAUUCGAUGCAUUCAGAGAUGAGAUUAUGGGGAACAAGGGCUUUAAUAUUGAAAAUGAGUGUUUAGCUAAAGGUAUUCGUCUACAUAUCCCACCUUUUCUGAGAACCGUGCGUCAUACUCCUGCUGAUGCCAUAUUGAAUGAGAGAAUUGCCAAAGUAAGGAUUCACGUAGAGCGCGUAAUUCAACGUGUUAAACUUUUCGGAAUAUUUCAAAACUCACUUGAAACAUCCAUGUUGGGUCUCGUAAAUGAAAUAAUGACCGUUAUAUGUGGAUUAGUAAAUCUUUC